CCCCGGGCUGAGAUCUCGCUGCCUUCUUCUGCUCAGAGCUGAAAUCUUUCAGUUUUCUGCCUCUGACCUGAGAUCUCUCUGCCUCCUUCCCCCGGAUCUGAGAUUUCUCUGCCUCCUCCUCCCGGGCUGAGAUCUCUCUGCCUCCUUCCCUUGAAUCUGAGAUCUCUGUCUUCUGAAAACCAUCUCUGCACAUGCUAGUCCCAGGUCAGCCUGCAGACAACCAAAGGCUAUUCCAAGGAGAGAGCCUGGAGCCAGAGAGAAUGACCCCGGGGACCCAGAGACCCCCAUCCCAGGAGUUGGUGACAUUCGAGGAUGUAGUUGUGCAUUUCACCCUGGAGGAGUGGUGCCUGUUGGACCAUUCUCAGAAAGAGCUGUACAAGGAGGUCAUGCUGGAGAAUGUCCAGACCCUUCUCUCCGUGGGGCUUCCAGUUUCCAGAGAAGAUCUGACCUCCUCUUCUCAGGAAGGGGGAGCACCAUGGCUUCUGGAGCCAAAAGGCCCAAGGCACCUUUGUCCAGAUGCAGUGAAAAAGAUGACUACAAAUUUGAGCAUUUCGGUGGAAGAAUCUGGCCAGCUAAGAUUCAUGAGUGACAGUCCUUGUGACUUCAAUGUGAGAGAAAUCUAUGACUCUGAUAUCAGGGUGGAUAAGAAUUCAUGUGAAUUUGAUGAAGUUGGAAAGAGCUUCAUACAAUAUUCAGUCCUAAAUCACCAUGAGACAGUGUCCCCAAGGAAUGAUUGUUUUGAGUACAGUAAAUAUAGGGAAAGCUUUACUGAACAGGUAGAACUUACUAAGUCCCAUGAGAAGCUUCCUGAAAUACAACUACAUCAAGGCAAUCAACACAAAAUGACUUUCAGUUUGAAUUCAGACCUCAGUGGACAUCAGAAAAGUGAUAUUGGCAAAAAGCUUCAUCUAUGUAAUGAAGGAAGGAAGGCCUUCAGUCAGAACUCCAAGCUCAUUACUCAUCAGAAAACUCACAUUAGAAAGGAGCCUGAUGAAACAACCUUUUCCCUUCACUCAUCUCUUCCUCACCAUGCUAGAUUUCAUACUGGAGAGAAAACAUGUGCAUAUAAUCAGUGUGAGAAGGCCUUUCAUUUGAACUCAGAUCUAGUUAGACAUCAGAUGAUUCAUACUGGAGAGAAGCCUUAUGAAUGUAAUCAUUGUGGAAAGGGUUUUACAAGGAGGUCAGAUCUAGCUACACAUCAGAGAAUCCACACUGGAGAGAAACCUUAUGAAUGUAAUCAGUGUGGGAAGACUUUCAGCUACAACUGCAGUCUUGCUAUCCAUCAGAGAAUCCACACAGGAGAGAAACCUUAUGAAUGUAAUCAGUGUGGGAAGACUUUCAGCUACAACUACAGUCUUGCUAUUCAUCAGAGAAUCCACAAAGGAGAGAAACCUUAUCAAUGUAAUCAAUGUGGAAAAGCUUUCACUCAUAGUUCCAAUCUUUCUAUACAUCAAAGAAUCCACCAAAAAAAGAAUCCUUAUGGACAUAAUCAGUAUGAAAAUGCUUCCCAAUGGAAUUCCAAUCUUGCUUCCCAUCAGAGAAUCCACACUGGAAAGAAAUCUUAUGAAUGUAAUCAAUGUGGAAAGACUUUCCAACAGAACUCCAAUCUUAUUACCCAUCAGAGAAUUCAUAGUGGAGAGAAACCUUAUCAAUGUAAUCAAUGUGGAAAGGCUUUCAAACAUAGUUCCAGUUUUGCUACACAUCAGAGAAUCCACACAGGAGAGAAACCUUAUGAAUGUAAUGAGUGUGGAAAGACUUUCAGCUACAACUCCAGUCUUACUGUCCAUCAGAGAAUCCACACUGGAAAGAAACCUUAUGAAUGUAACCACUGUGGAAAGACUUUUACUCAUAGCUCCAAUCUUAUUACCCAUCAGAGAAUUCAUAGUGGAGAGAAACCUUAUGAAUGCAAUCAAUGUGGAAAGGCUUUCAAAGAUAGAUCCAGUUUUGAUACACAUAAGAGACUCCAUACUGGAGAAAAACCAUAUAUAUGUAAUUACUGUGGUAAGACAUUCCGACAGAACUCCAGUCUUAUUACACAUCAGAGAAUCCACAGUGGAGAGAAACCUUAUCAAUGUAAUCAAUGUGGAAAGGCUUUCAAAGAUGGUUCCAGUUUUGCUACACAUCAGAGACUCCAUACUGGAGAGAAACCUUAUGAAUGUAAUCAAUGUGGAAAGACUUUCCGAUCAAAAUCCCAUCUUGCCUCCCAUCAGAGAAUGCACACUGGAGAGAAACCUCAUAAAUGUAAUCAAUGUGGAAAGGCUUUUACAAGGAGGUCUGGUCUAGAUGCACAUCAGAGAACCCACACUGGAGAGAAACCUUUUCAAUGUAAUCAAUGUGGAAAAGCUUUCUCUCGGAGCUUCAAUCUUUCUGUACAUCAGAAAAUUCACACAAAAAACAUGCUUAUGAGUGUAAUCAAUGUGGAAAGCCUUGUCAAUGGAAUUCCCAUCUUGCUGCCCAUCACAGAAUCCACACUGUAAAGAAAGGUUUUGAAUGUAGUCAAUAUAGAAAGACUUUCCUGAGGAGGGCCGGUCUUGCCACACAUCAAAAGAAUACACACUGGAGAGAAACCUUAUGAAUGUAAUCAGUGUGGAAAAACUUUCAUUCAGAGCUCCAAUCUUUCUGUACAUCAGAGAAUCCACAAAAAAAAAAAUUCCUUAUGGACAUAAUCAGUGUGAAAAUACUUCCGAAUGGAAUUCCAAUCUUGUUGCACUUCAGUCAGGGAAUACACACUGGAGAGAAAUGUUAUGAACAUAAUCAAUA